CAGAACAUGGGCUUCCGUCGCACGGCCGCCUCCUCCGGCGCCUCAAGCGGGCCGGGCAGCGUCCCCGCCGAAGACCUCCGCUUCGCGUCCACCGCAGUGCUCGAGCAGGUCGCAGCCGAGUGCAGCGAGAUGCCCGAGCAGGAAGUCGUGCCGGCCGAGGGAACGGCCUCUGGCGGCAACGGCUCGUCCACGCCGUGGGCGAGCAGCUCCGACCCGGAGAGCAAGGCGGACGCGGAGGCGUCGCAGGCCUCCGUCGCGCCGGACACCGUCGCUGCCGGCGAGGCGGCGGGCGGCGUCGGCGAGGAGGAGCCCGAGGCGCCCUCGUCGCAGGUCCCGGAGGUCGUCGAGACGGACGUCGAGGAGCACGAGGACGACGAGGACGGCGACGGAGAGGUCGAUCCCGCGGCGAGGCCCGCGCCCGCAGGCUCGCCGGCGCCGAUCCCGGAGGUUGUCGAGACGGACGUCGAGGAGCACGAGGGCGACGAGAAGGAGGCGCCGCCGAGCGACCCCUUUUCCAUGCCCGAGAGCGAGCCAAGGCCCACGCCCGCUCCCGCCACCCCGUCGGCCGCUCACGCGGCGCUGACCGAGGCGUCGCUCGAGGGCGACGCGCCGGCCGAGGAGGAGGGCGACGGGCCCACGCCGAGCGCGGCCCCGCCCGUCCGCCGCAAGCUCGACUCCAAGCCGCGCAAGCUGGGCCAGCCCUCUGGAGCGGCCAAGUCAAAGCCGACGCCGCAGCGCAAGCCGGGGGAGAAGCCGCGUGCACAAAAGUCGCGCGGCGAGGGCGCUGCGUCCGAGCCAAAGAAGAAGAAGGCGAAGAAGGACCCAGACGCGCCGAAGGGGGCGCUCUCGGCGUACAUGCUCUGGUCGAUGCAGGAGCGCAAGUCGGAUGCCUACGCCGGCAUGAAGGUGCCCGAGGCGGGCAAGGCGCUGGGCGCGACGUGGAAGACGAUGGACGAGGCGGCGAGGGCGCCGUGGGUCGAGGCGUCGAAGGAGGACCACGCGCGGCACGCUCGCGAGAUGGCGAGCUACGUGCCCAGCCCCGAGUACGCGCGCGCUCAGGCCGCCGCGCCCAAGGCGCGCUCCGGCAGCUCCGGCGGCGCCAAGAAGGCGGCGACGCCCGCCUCGCGCGGAGGCGGCAAGGGCGCGGCCGCGUCGGCCGCGAGCAAGAAGAGCGCCGCCGGCCGCAAGCGCAAGGCUCUGGCUCGAGGCGACGCGGACUCGUCCGACGACGAGGCCACCCCUUCCAAGCUCGCCUUCUCUCCCCCGCCGCCGCUCGCGGACGCGCCGCCGCCAAUGCUGGAGGACGUUGGCGCGAGGGUGGCGUGGGUCCCGCAGUGCUACAACGAGUUUGCAAAGCGCUACGAGGCGGAGCUGGACGCGCUCCAGCUGGUGAUCGACGUGCCGGCCGACCUGCUCGAGAGCCCCGCCGACGGCACCGCGCACUGCGCCGAGAUCGUCGCCAUCCACCCCGCCGAGACGGAGGGGUGGGAGCUGCUCACUCUCCGCGGCGUCCCGUUCGGCGGCGGGUCCGGCGCGAGCGAGGGGGCAGAGUACUGCCUGCCGUACGUGCCGCGCCGGCUCUGCGACGUGGACCAGCACGUCUGCGCGCUCAAGGAGUACCUCGCCUCGCGCGAGCGCGCCCUCUCCGCCUCGGCGUCUCCGCACGUGCGCGUGCCCUUUGCCGCGCCAGACAGCGAGGGCGAGGAGGAGCUGUGGGAGGGGCGGGUGUGGAGCCGCAAGCCCUUCGACGCCCUCAACUACCCCGACUCGCUCUACCGCUGCCUCAACUGCGUGUGGUACGUCGCCUCCCCCCGCGAGCACGAGGGGGCGUCGAUCCAGCCGCUGUGGGUCUUUGACGAGGAGCAGACGGACAACCAGGCGCCCGAACGCUCCACCCCCCCUCUCUCGAGUCGGCGGACACCGAGCCGCGCGUCCCGCCUUCCCCGCCAUCAGGUGAGCCCGUGGGAGGCGCUCCCGAGCGACACGCACGGCCGCUGGUCCAAGCUGAACCCUCCGCUCGCAAAGCUGGUCGACCAGCUGCGCGUCGACCGCGACACCUACUCCAAGCUGGUGCCCGCCUCCGAGUCGCUCGAGAUCACGGACGCGCUCGCCGGCCAGGCGGGCGCCAGCGGAGCCGCGCUCGAGCGCCUCCGCCAGGACACCUUUCUGCGCGUGCUCAAGCGCCUCCAGAGCAGCGAGCCCGGCCGGUACUUCCAGCCGCCCGUGCCGGCAGACGAGGUCGAGUACUACCGGCAGGUGGACCGCCCGAUGUGCCUGGCCGCGGUCCAGUCGGGGCUGGAGGGGUCCAAGUACGCCUCGUGGGCCGCCUUCGAGGCGGACGUCGUGCUCAUCUACGGCAAUGCCAUGGAGUUCAACGAGGAGGACUCGCUCCCCUUCUACCUGGCGCAGAUGCUCGAGCACGAGUUCAACGAGGCCAAGGAGCUCGUCCGGCAGGCGCUGCCGGCCGUGCUCGAGUGAGCGACACGCGCGCUCAGGGCGCGGGGGAGAGACCGCGCCGCGAGCGCGAGCGCACUGCCGCUGCAGGCCAGAGCGGCGCUCAGCGGGGCGAGAUGAGCGCCUGCCGCUCGACUGCCUCAAGAUGGCCGAUUGGCGAGACAUGCGAGACUCUUUGUGGAUGCUUGUAGCUUGAGCGAGAGCGCAAACUCUUGCCUUUAUGGCUCGAUGCACGAUGAGGUGCCGUGGGUAUGUGGCUUACGCACGGGGAGGGAUGGCGGGAAUGGUGUGAAAAUCGUGGUUGGC